CAAAGAGUCUCCGCUUCCAUUAUCCACUCACUCAUCAGAAAGAAUAACCUCCCAACAUCAUCAAUCAUCAUGAGACAAUUUUCAUCAUCAACUACAAAUAAUAAUAAUGCUAUUUAUAAUGAACAUCUUAAACCAAUUAUUGAAAAACAAUUAAAUGAUAUUAAAGAAGCCGGAACAUACAAGAAGGAACGUAUUAUUACUUCACCACAAGCCUCUAAAAUUACAACAUCUCAAACUGGUACCACUGAAGUUUUGAAUUUCUGUGCUAACAAUUAUUUGGGAUUGAGUGAUCAUCCAGAUCUUAUCAAAGCAGCUAAGAAGGCAUUGGAUACUCAUGGUUGUGGAUUGAGUUCUGUCAGAUUUAUUUGUGGUACUCAAGAUAUUCACAAGGAAUUAGAACAAAAGAUUUCUGAAUUCCACGGAACUGAAGACACAAUUUUAUAUCCAAGUUGUUUUGAUGCCAAUGGUGGUUUGUUUGAAUGUUUACUCACUGAAGAAGAUGCUGUUAUCAGUGAUGCUUUGAAUCAUGCUUCCAUUAUUGAUGGUAUUCGUUUGUGUAAGGCUCGUCGUUACAGAUAUAAGCAUAUGGAUAUGGCUGAAUUGGAAAAGAUUUUACAAGAAACUCAAGAUGCUCGUACUAGAUUGAUCGCCACCGAUGGUGUUUUCAGUAUGGAUGGUGAUGUUGCUCCACUUCAUGAAAUUGUUGCUCUCGCUGAAAAGUACAAGGCAAUUAUUUUCAUUGAUGAAUGUCACGCUACUGGAUUCUUUGGUAAGACUGGUCGUGGUACUCCAGAACAUUUUGGACUUGAAGGAAAGAUUGAUAUUAUUAACUCAACUUUGGGUAAAGCUUUGGGUGGUGCAACUGGUGGUUACACUACUGGUAAGAAGGAAGUUAUUGAUCUUUUGAGACAACGUGCUCGUCCAUACCUCUUCUCUAACUCUUUGGCUCCAGCUGUUGUUGGUGCUUCAUUGAAGGUCUUUGAAAUGAUUUCAAAGGAUACUACUUUGAGAGAUAGACUUAUGGAUAAUACUAAGCUUUUCAGAGAAGGCAUGAAGAAGGCUGGUUUUGAAAUUCUUGGUGAUGAUUCUUGUCCAAUCUGUCCUGUCAUGUUGAGAGAUGCUCGUUUGGCAAGUGAAUUCGCUGAUGAAAUGCUCAAGAGAGGAAUUUACGUUAUUGGUUUCUCAUUCCCAGUUGUUCCAAGAGAUAUGGCUCGUAUCAGAGUUCAAUUAUCUGCUGGACAUACCACAGAACAAGUUCAAAGAGCUAUUGAUGCUUUCAUUGAAGUUGGUAUUCAAAAGGGAGUCAUUAAAAAGUCAAGUCUCUAAAUGUUUUUUAUUUA